GAUGUGCGAUACAGAACAGAAGAAGGUAGUAGCCCUUACGGUGUGUGUCAUUUAGUUUUCCUCUUGUAUUUCCUCUUUCUCUGGUGCACGACCAUAGCUGCAAUUUGGUUACGAGUCGUUAACGCAUCCACAUCUUACGGAUGGCAGCUUAAUUGCCGGAAGUCCGCUCGGCUUGAAAAUAUCAAGUGCAUCGGCCUCCAGCUGCUUGCUCGCACCCGUUUGGUCGUUGUGUUUUACUUUUUAGGUGUUCGAGCUUUCGAUCAAAUACGUGCAGUGCUCGCUCUUCCAACCAACAAACAAAUUGAAAUAUCUCGUCAAUUUGUUUUACGCAAAUACUGUCAGAAACAGAACAAACAUUUCUUAUCUAAGUAACAGACUAACAGAUUCGAUUGAUUUGUUUGUUGGCCAUUGGUCCUCAUACUCGCCUUGUGUGUUGGCUAGAAGAGGGUUCACGUGCCCCUCCCUCUCUCUUUCUUCCUUAAGGGCAAAUUGGCAUUGAGUCGGAACUGACGUGAAAAAAAAAGUGUUCCUACUAAAACUUUCAAGUAUUUUAAGUUAUUGAGAGCUGUGUAAUCAUGUCAGCCGAAAGAGAAGCGCCGGGAGAAGAUAGUAUUCGUGUAGUGUGUCGUUUUCGACCUUUAAACGAUGCCGAAGAGAGAGCUGGAUCGAAAUUCGUCGUCAAGUUUCCACCCGGCACUGACGACCAAUGUAUAAAUUUAGGGGGAAAAGUUUAUAUGUUUGAUAAAGUAUUCAAACCCAAUGCCAGUCAAGAGAAAGUGUACAAUGAAGCAGCAAAGAGUAUUGUAAAAGAUGUCCUAAUGGGCUAUAAUGGAACUAUAUUUGCAUACGGGCAAACAUCCUCGGGUAAAACCCACACAAUGGAAGGAGUCAUGGGAGAUCCACAUCUACAGGGUAUCAUCCCACGAAUUGUCAACGAUAUCUUCAAUCACAUCUAUGCUAUGGAAGAAAACUUGGAGUUCCACAUUAAAGUCUCUUAUUUUGAAAUCUACAUGGACAAAAUUAGGGAUCUUCUUGAUGUAUCUAAAGUCAAUUUGAGUGUGCAUGAAGAUAAGAAUCGCAUCCCUUAUGUAAAGGGUGUAACAGAAAGAUUUGUUACAAGUCCUGAAGAGGUAUUUGAAGUGAUUGAAGAAGGAAAAGCUAAUCGACACAUCGCUGUAACAAACAUGAAUGAGCACUCCUCUAGGAGCCACUCAGUUUUCCUAAUUAACGUAAAACAAGAAAACUUAGAAAAUCAAAAGAAACUAUCGGGUAAACUUUACCUUGUCGAUUUAGCUGGAAGUGAGAAAGUGAGCAAAACAGGUGCUGAGGGAACCGUCUUGGAUGAGGCAAAAAAUAUUAACAAAUCCUUGUCGGCAUUGGGAAAUGUCAUAUCUGCAUUGGCCGAUGGAAAUAAAUCUCACAUACCUUACCGUGAUUCAAAAUUGACACGUAUUCUUCAAGAAUCAUUGGGUGGUAAUGCCAGAACGACAAUUGUUACUUGUUGUUCUCCAGCGUCAUUCAAUGAAUCGGAAACUAAGACUACUCUGGACUUUGGCCGAAGAGCAAAAACUAUUAAAAACGCCGUCACAGUAAAUGAAGAACUUACUGCCGAAGAAUGGAAACGCCGCUUCGAAAAAGAACGCGAGAAGGCUCAACGCUAUAAAACAAAAUUGGAGAUUGCCGAAGCAGAACUCACUCGUUGGAGAUCUGGCGAAUCUGUUGGGCAAGAAGAACAAGUUAAUCUUCGAGAUGCUAUGGACGUAUCUACCAUCAGUGUUGACCUGACUCCUGUGGCACCGGUUGCUCCCGUUUUGCCACCUGUUCUUGCUGCCCCUGCCGUUCGAGCUGAUUGGGAUUCUGAGCGUGAAAGACUGUACCAACAGUUGGAUGAUAAGGAUGAAGAAAUAAAUCAGCAAAGUCAGUUAGUGGAAAAGCUUAAGGAACAAAUGAUGGAACAGGAGGAACUUAUUGGUGCUACCCGCAGAGAUUAUGAAUCGCUACAACAAGAAAUGAACCGCAUCCAGGCUGAAAACGAAUCAGCAAAAGAAGAAGUCAAAGAAGUUUUGCAAGCUUUAGAAGAAUUGGCAGUUAAUUACGAUCAGAAGUCUCAGGAAGUGGAAGCUAAGAACCGCGACAAUGAAACAGUCACUGAAGAGUUAUCUCAACGUCAAAGCCAGCUUAACAGCACUAUGUCUGAACUAGCACAGGUGAAAGACACAUCUGCCCAUCAGCGUCGAAAACUCAACGACUUGUUAACUAGUUUAUUCAAAGAUUUGAAUGAGAUGGGCGUGGCAUUUGGGGCUGAUUUAAAGUCUUCGCUGCAACCAUUUGAUUCUAAUAGUAGCAAGUCAGAGGAGGAGUUCACUAUGGCUAGAAUAUAUGUAUCCAAGAUGAAAUCGGAGGUGAAAAACCUUGUUCAACGCUGCCAGACUUUAGAAUCUUCCCAAAGUGAAUCUUCCAAAAAGAUGGACGAAUCGGAACGUGAACUGGUGGAUUUGCGUCUCUUGAUAACCCAACAUGAAGCGAAAAUGAAAGCGCUUCAAGAGAACAUGAAGGAGGUAGAAAACAAGAAGCGUAAUCUUGAGGAAGCAGUGGAUUCCUUGAACGAAGAGUGUGCUAAACUUAAAGCUGCCGAACAAAUGCAAGCCGUAUCCACUAUAGACAAGGCAGCUGAACAAGAGCAAGCUCUUUUGAUCAAGGGAGCGCUUGAGCAACAACUAGAUCAACACAGAGAAGCUCAUCAGAAACAGGUGGCAAUGUUGCGUGAUGAGAUCACGGACAAACAAACAGUCAUCGAAGACUUGCGCGAUUCCAAACGAGAACUGACGCUCAUCCACGAGCAACUUGUUCGUGACCAUGAACGGCUUAAACAAGAGGAAUCGGAUAAGAGUCACAAACUUCACGAGCUUCUCGGUGCAAAUGAGCGUCGUGAACAAGCUAGACAAGAUUUGAAGGGUUUGGAAGAGACGGUUGCCAAAGAACUUCAAACAUUACAUAAUUUGCGCAAGCUCUUUGUGCAAGAUCUACAAUCGCGCGUUAAAAAAUCAUUGAGUGGGGAGGAACCGGAAGAUGGAGGCGGUUCCCUGGCACAGAAACAAAAGAUCAGUUUCUUGGAGAAUAAUCUAGACCAAUUGACUAAAGUUCACAAGCAACUGGUUAGAGAUAACGCUGAUUUACGUUGUGAAUUGCCCAAACUUGAAAAACGUCUUCGAGCAACGAUGGAACGAGUAAAGGUGUUGGAAGCAGCUCUCAAAGAAGCGAAGGAAGGUGCUAUGCGUGAUAGAAAACGCUAUCAGUAUGAGGUAGAUCGCAUCAAGGAAGCAGUCCGACAAAAGAACUUGGCUCGUCGAGGUCAUGCUGCUCAAAUCGCUAAACCGAUUCGCGCUGGUCAGCAUCCUCACCAGCAAGCAACUAAUCAGCCAACGGCAAUCGUGGCACCUUCAAUGGCUGUCCCCAAACGCAUCCUAAGUGCCGGAGCUCAACCGAGAAAUGAUAGCUAAACGUUUGUUUUGCAUGUUCUGAUAAGCAGCCUCAACGCAUACUCGUAAUUGAUUUCCAUCCUACACAUUGGUUAAAGGUAUUUGGUAAAUCGUCGGUGCGGUUAAGUCUUCAGGAAAUCGCAGCGUCAAGAACGUUCCGUUAAAAGAAUGUUUUCGCCUAUAUUUAAUGCACGCACUUUUGGGGCCAUUGCUUUUCUAUUUCAAGGAAUCACAGCAAAACACUGCACGGCACUUGAAAACGGCAAUCCCUAAGUUACAAUAGCUAGCAAAUAUCCAGUGAUCCUCUUUAUCCAACCGCAGAUAUCCCCACUACAGUAUAACAGUCAGCUGGUACUUCUUGUUGAUUUAUUCCGGUUCAUGUUCCGUUAAUUUAGUUUUUUUUUUUUUUUUUUUUUCAAUUGUGUUUGGGGCAGCAAUAUUUCUUUUCCUCUUUUCUCACUUUUCACGGUCGAUACCAAAGAAAGCCGGGAAAGAAAUUAUAUGGCUGAUAUCGCUGAAUUCAAGAAAAUGGCCUUCUAUAUGAUUUUCCUGCACCCAUUAUUUCGUUGUACUUGCCGAUCUAUCUUUUACGGGGUCUUUCCCAAUGUAUGCUAAGUAUUCCUUAAGACACCUAGGUUUAAUUUGCAGUAAUUAAGAAAUAAGAUAAGUCAAUCGUACGAAAAAGGGUUAUCUUAUAGCAACUGAUUCGAACAUUUAAAAAUUUCUCUCAUACCCUCCCAAUCCCCAAACAUUUCUUUCCACCACUUUUCCUCCAUCAAACUUGAUCUGUCUUCUAGGAUCUUGGCGUAUGUUUUCUCUUGAUUGCUCCUCGAUUCAAAUACCUCUUCUUUCAAUUCUGUUUUCACCUGUGUUGUCAUUGAAUUCGCCUUUGGUGUAAAUAGAAUUUUGCUUGGCUCGAUGGACGAGCUACUAUCAUU